ACGACCUCUCGCACCAUGUUUUAUGGCCCGUCCUCCACCAUGGCUCCGCCGUCCAAGAACCGGCUGAAGCGCCAGAGCCGGCUCUUCUCCCAGGUCCUGUACCGCACCCUGAGCUACAAGGACCGCGGCUCGGCCUCCGCCUCCCCGGCCGCCGCCGAGGACGACCCGGCCGAGCUCUCCACCCAGCUCUCGGCCCCUGGCAUCCUGAAAAUCUUCGGGGGCAACAUCUGUGCGGGCACCAACUACAAGAGCGUGCUGGUGACGGGCAGCUCUGGCGCGCGGGAGCUGGUGAAGGAGGCCCUGGAGCGCUACGGGCUGAGCCAGCUCAGCGCCGGGCAGUACGCGCUCUGCGAUGUCAUCGGUCGCUUCCAGGGCCCCGAGAAGCAGUGGCAGACAGAGGGGCUGAGGGUCCUGGGUGACCACGAGAAGCCGCUGCUCAUCCAGGACCUCUGGAAGCCCAGGGAGGGCUUCUCGCGCCGGCUGGAGCUGCGCAGGAGGGCGGAGGUGGAGGAGAUGGCGGCCAGGGACGUGGACACCACCACUGCAGGCAUCAACGCCCAAGCGCGGAAGCUGCAGCGGCACCGGGCGCGGGGGGCCCGGCGGGCGGCGGGGGCUGAGCGGCGCGGGCCCCCCCCGGCCCUGCGGCGCAGCCUCAGCGAGACCAGCCUGGGGACCCCGGCACGGCGGGCAGGGAGCGGGGCCGGGGCCGGGGCCCGGCUCCAGAGGCACUGCUCCACCCUGCCCGGCAGCCCGGCGGCGGCGCGGAGCGGCGGCAGCAGCAUGCGGUACUCCCUCUACCAGUCCCCGCACCUCCUGCUCCUGCAGGGCUACAGCCAGCAGCAUGACAGCCUGGUUUACCUCCUGAACCGCGAGCAGCACACGGUGGGCCAGAGGACUCAGGCGAGCAAGCCCAGCAUCAGCCUGUCGGCCCCCGACAUCCUGCCCCUGCACUGCACCAUCAGGAAGCUCCGGCCUUCCCGGCAUCGCUCCGAGGAGAAGCUGGUGCUGGAGCCCAUCGCUGGCGCUGCCAUCUCUGUCAACUUCUCGGAGGUGGCCCGGACGGUGGUGCUGCGGCACGGGGACCUGCUGUCCCUCGGCCUCUACUACCUGCUCCUCUACAAGGACCCCAUGAAGGCGCAGCCGCUGCCGGCGCAGACCCUGCUGAGGCUGCGAGCCCUGCACCCCGAGGGUCCCCACGUGUGCGGGGCGUGUGGCAGCCUGCUGAAGGACAAGGAGGCUGCCAAGAAGAGGGGCCCCUCGCCCGCCGGUGGCCCCAGGACACCCCGCAGGAAGCUGCAGCUGGAGUUCGAGCCGGCGGCCGAGGAUGUGCUCCUGCGGCGCAUCAUGACCCUGAUCGAGCCCGGGGGGGACGACCACAAGCUGACACCCGCUUUCCUGCUCUGCCUCUGCAUCCAGCACUCGGCCACCAACUUUGAGCCAGGAGACUUCGGGCAGCUGCUGCUCAAAGCGGCCAAAAUGAUCCAGAGGACGGUGUGGGAGCGGACGCGGGAGCUGGCUGAAAAGCAGUCUCAGCACCAGGACCCUGCCACCCUGUCCCGCUUCACCAUCACAGACCUUCUCCCAGACCUGCAACACAUCGUCUUCUGGAUGGCCAAUGCCAUUGAGAUCCUCUACUUCGUCCAGCAGAAAUCACCCACCUACAUCCAGAGCAUGGAGGAAGAGCUGGACAUCAAAGGCUCCAAGGAGUCCCUGUUCUCCUCGACCAUCACGGCCAGCGAGGAGGCGAUGACGGUGCUGGAGGAGGUGAUCAUGUACACCUUCCAGCAGUGUGUCUACUACAUCUCCAAGUGUCUGUACGUGUCACUCCCUGCCCUGCUGGAGUGCAACCCCUUCCAGAGCGAGUGCCGGGAGAGCUGGAGGGGGACCCCGCCGCUGCCCGAGGAGCUCCGCAGGGUCGUGCUCAUCUACCAGGCUGUGCUGGAUCUGCUCCACCAGUACGAAGUGCAUGCUGAGAUCACCUCCCAGAUGUUCGCCUACCUCUUCUUCUUCUCCAACACCCUGCUCUUCAACCAGCUCCUGGAAAAGGGCUCCUCUCUUGGCUGCUACCACUGGUCUCAGGGGGUGAAGCUGCGGGCCAGCAUGAGGCUGCUCCUGGAAUGGCUGCGCAGCGCUGGCUUCGAGCAGCUCUCCCAGCAGUUCUUCGCCAAACUCGCCAGCGUGGCCAACCUGCUGGCCAUGCCUGGCUCCCAGCUGGUGCAGAUGACCUGGCCAUCCCUGCGAGCCGAGUUCCCCGCGCUGAGCCCCGCGCAGCUGCACCGGGUGCUGAGCCAGUGCCAGGCAGUGAUGGACAUGGGCUGCAUCUCAGCAUGGCAGCCCAGCGAGGAGGAGAGCCCGGCCACCUUCCAGCCCGAUGAGAUACUGGAGUCCUUCGACAACCACCCACCCAUCAUCCUGCCCAGCGGGGGCUUCAAAGUGGACCUGGAGGUGGAGACGUUGGAUGACAACAUCUACAGACACCUCCUUUACAUCCGCCACUUCCUCUGGAGCCUGCAGAGCAGGAGCCCCCACACCAGCGAGGGGUCAGCCUCAGCACUCCCAAAGAAAGAGGCAUGCACGACGCCGGAGGUGCUGGAGGUGAGCGAGGGCCCGGUGGCCGCCCUGGGGAGCCCCAUUGCCCAGGAGGAUUAUCGCUCCCUGGGCGGCUGUGCCGAGCAGGAGGGGACCCCCCAGCUCUGCCUGACCCCCAGCCCCUGCGAGCCCCCCACCGGCGAGCCCCAGCUCCAGGAGAAGCUCAAGCAGCUGCAGCUGGGCAGGAGCCCCGUCCCCAAGGCCGGCACGGCGCCCACAGACUCCUCGUGCCUGCUGACACCACCCACCACCCCCCUGAACUUCGACUCCGGGAGCCCGGGGUCCCCGCAGGGCACCGGCAAAGGGCCGCAGGACCCCCGGAGGAACGGGAUGAACGGCACCAAGGGCAGCACCCCCGAAGGCUGCUCGCCGACCCCCUAUGACUACCCCACGCCGGAGUCUUCCAGCCGCAGCUCUGCCACCGACGACUUCUGCUACGUCUUCGUGGUGGAGCUGGAGAGGGGACCCAUCGGGCUGGGGAUGGGGCUGAUCGAUGGUGUGCAGCACACUCCUCUCUGCUCCCCGGGGAUCUACAUCCGCACCCUGAUCGAGGACAGCCCCGCGGCUGCCGAUGGCAGGCUCUCCAUCGGGGACCGCAUCCUGGCUGUCAACGGCACCAGCCUCAUCGGGGCAGACUACCAGAGUGCCGUGGACCUCAUCCGCUCCGGAGGGAAAAAGCUGCGGUUUCUGGUUGCCAAGUCGGACAUUGAAAUAGCCAAAAAAAUCAGUUCCAGCUCCUCUUCCUCUUAGUCCUUGUGGUACAAGGAUCCUUCUGCAGCAGCUUGUGGCUACAGCUCUGGUAAAGGCUGACCUCAGGGAGUCUGGAGUGCAAGAGGGAGGACCAGGACUCCACAACAGCUCUCAAUGUGCUUUUGGACACUUUGCCCCUGCACUGCAGCAGAUGAAAGGACACGCAAGGAUGGUGCACGCUUCUCCCACUGCACAGGCUGGGAGCAUAAUUCCUGAUCCAUUGCCCACCCUCACCUGAUACCCAGCGCCAUCCUUCUCAAGAGUUUUCCUGUUCCUUUGUCCCCUCUGGCAGGGGGAGGGAAGGGAGUGCUCCCACCAUGGGGACUUGUAGGCAGGCUCCUCUGUUCCUCUAGGCUGGCAGCCCUGUGUGAUAUUUUAUGCUGGCAUGCAGAAGGUUUGAAAUACCUUUGGGUUUUGGAGAGAACACGUAGGGCAGGCCUGGGCUGCGCUGUGGCAGUGGCCACCUGAGGUGCUGGCACAUCAGGCUGGAAAAGUGUGCCCAGCUCUGGGGGUGGUGAA